GUAAAGCACAUUUCAAAGUUUUCUUCAAAAAUGUCAAAUGAUUCACAAGAGAUCUACCACUCGUUGUGGAUUUCUGAGGUUUUUCAUGAUUUCCCACAUUUGGAUUUCCACUUUAAUAAUGUGAAUAACUCAUUUAAUCCAGCUUUAUCAAGUUACAAACAGGCAUUGGUGUUCUGGGGUUUAUCUCCAGUUGUCCUCUGUAUACUGCUAUGGCUGGUGUUUCUUGUGUACUUCAUUUUCACUUGGUGCUGUCCGGAAAAUGACAACAAAGUCAAGAUUUCUUCAUGCCCGAAGAUUUGUACCUUUGUGCUUGUUAUUCUAGGAGUAGGUCUAAUAGGAUUUGGAUUAUAUGAGAAUGAGAAUGGCCAUCGUGCUAUUGACACCGCAAAGUUGGCUGCUACAGAUGGCUCGAACAGCAUUAAAACUGCUUCUUUAAGGAUAAAGACUUUGGAUGGUAUAGCAAUAGAUGUUUCACAACGAAUAGUAAGCGAAUUACGGUUAGCUGUGUCAAAUAUUACAAAUGAAACAGUUCGUGCCUCAGCAAAUGAAUCUAUUGCUAACAUAAACGCAGAAGCUACAAAUGCUCACAUCUUGAUUGAAUCUAUAGAUAUAAAAGAUGAAAGUAAGGAAAUGGACAAGGCAAUAAAUAUUGCAAAUGAUGUUGAGUAUUACAGAUGGGUGAUUACAAUAAUUUUAUAUGGCAUUGUGGUGUUGCUUUUUGUCAUCACUGUAGUAGGGAUAUUACUGAGAUCUACUUGCACCUUAAAGCUCUUGGCAGGAUUUUUCUUCAUUUGUUCUUUCUUGAUUUGGAUAACUACUGGUGCUUACUUGGGGGCUUCUGUGGCUUUAGGAGAUCUAUGUAUGGAUCCAGAUUCCUACUUUAUUAGUCUAGUUAAAAAUGCAAAGGCAAAAGAAACAACAACAGCUUAUAUAAAGUGCAAUGAUACAUCCAAACCAUACCUAGAGCCUAUUCUCAGUGCACAGUCCUCUAUAACCAAAGUUGGCUUGGAGAUGGAUAAACUAGUUUCGACCAUAAAGCCUUACAAUAUACCUAAUCUGAACAAAUAUGUAGCAGAACUGAAAGAUGACUUGGAGUUUGCCUCUGGAAAUUUAUCCACUUUAUUAACUAAUGUCGGCAUAUGCACUAAUUUGCAUCAUAUUUAUAUAAAAGGAAUAAAUUCAGUUUGCAUCGAUGGCAUGACAACUUCUUCCAUUUUUGUCCUGAUUAGCCUGGCUCUUGCUCUCAUUUGUACAUUUGUAAUACUUUCAUUAUCCUGUACUUGGAAAGAAUUACGAAAAAGGAAACGUAGGACAAACUAUGUGCCUGUGGAUGACUCGGAUCCAUUUUUGCCUCGGCCACCAGCUUAUGACAUUGACUAUGGAACUAUGGGACGUUCAACUCCAAGACCGUGGUCAGAAAGGGGUUCACUGCAGCAAGCGUCUUCCAACCAAGAAGAAAAUUUUUUACCGUUGGAUGACUCACCACCCCCUGCAUACCAUCCUGGCAAAUACAUAAGGAGGCCUCAAGACCCCAGCUCUGCAAGCCACUAGUAUCACUUUCUAAUGCCACCAGUCUACACUCAUCCAAAUUAUAGGAUAAGCCGCUGUCUGACACAAACUAUAAAACUUUCCAUUUAGACAUAAUCUGCUGAUAACUUUGUCUUUCAUGUACUUAAAAAAAUUCUUACUUAUUAUAAGUAACUUCAAAUACCAAGGCUUGAGAUUGAAUUUGUAUAUUAUAACAUUAUGGAAAUAAUCACCAAAGAUUGCUUUAAACUAUUGGUAAUAAGUUGAUUUAUAAAACAUCAAAGUACUCAAUUUAAACCGCCGAUUAAAAUGUACAGUAUCUUACCAAGGUAGGUAUCUACCAUGACUUCCACCUUAAAUUGUUGGCUGUGUUUUUUGCAUCUCAGUUGUCAUUAGGGUAACUCCAAUAAGUUUUUUAUUAUGAGUUCUAUUUUAAAGGUAACUCUAGAAUUACAGUUCCUGCCUUAUCACUAGGUUAAAUUUAAUUAGCAACACUUUCCUCUAUGUUACAAUCAUGUUAUAUAAUCCUCUAAUAAGAGAUAAGUACAGGGUAAAUAGUUUUAAUCAUCACUCCGAAAAAUUUUAUUGACAAUAUUUUUAAAGCUUGAAACAAUUUAUUAUAGUAGUGAUAAUAAGAUAACUUGCAGUUUAAAGAGCUUAAAAGAAAUACUUAAUACAAUUUAUUGUAGAUAAAGUCCAAGUAUGAUAAUGUAGACACUCAUGACAUUAGGAUAAAUGUAACUAAAUAUGGUCAGGUAAAUAAGGUUUGAUGACAUUUAGAUGUGAUGUGGGGAAUAAGAUUAGUUCUCUGUUUUGUUUUAACCAUUUAAGCUUUAUGUUUUUGCUUUCUAAAUUUUGUGCCACAACUAGUUCAAUUGCUGUUAUAAGUUUUCUAACAGCUUAUUGAAAAAACAACUGGAUGAUUCAAUAGCUUUUAUUUUGGAAAUCUCCUUAGCAAUAGUGAGAUAAUAACCCUUUCAUUUAACAAACUAAGACUUAACAAUGGUUUAACUAUUACUUUAACCUGUCCAACCCUAACUCCUCAGGACAACUACUCAGCAUGUGGAACUAAUGAUCUUAAUCUUCUAGUUGAAUUAGAGAUGCCUCAUUUCAAAUGGUUUUCUUAAUCAUUUAUCUUUAUUGGAAAUUUGUUUGGAAAAUAAAUCAAUAAAUCUUCCAUCUUAAAUGCUGAAUGUAUUAAUGUAACUUUGUAUUUUAAAACGAGAUGUAAAAAAAUAUUGUUAGAUUUUUACUGUGUUUUGGUGUUUGAAAAAAAAAAUCAUUUAAAAAUAUGUGUAUUCUAAUACAAAAAAAUAAUUAUUUUCUGCAACAUAUCAGAGUUUGUAUGUGUGUAAAAAAUAUUUUUUCAUGCUUUACUGAUGGCUUGUAUAUUAAUGUAGAACGUUUUUGUUACCUACUCAUCUUUUUAAUGAUUUUUAUCAAGUUGUUUUACAUUUUUCUGCUCCCUAAGGGUAAAUAAAAUUCAAUUAGCACUCUGUCCAGUUGUGCCUUAUUAUCUUCUAAUUGAUUUCACAUUGAUU